CCUGUUACGUUCGAUAACGCGAGUGCGAAUCGUGUGCGUGAGUGAAACAAACGAAUCUACCUAUGGCAGACGAGAAGGACAGUAGCGAAGAGUCGGACGAGAGUUUGGACGCGAGAAGCGACAAGUUCGAUUCACUGAAAGCCCUGUAUUCGAGCAAGGGGCGAUUAUCGUCCUACAAUGCGCCUAUCUACGAUAACAUCAGCAAAUUCGAGUCCGUCCUGAGGAGACCCGUCUCAUCAAUCAAAACAGAUAGCGGGCCGGCCGUCGCGGGAUCAUCCUCGAGGCAGCGAUUUUUACCGCACCAAGAACCUGUGCCCAGUACAAGACGUGGCAGACGGAGCCUGGGGCAGAAGAAUGUUCUCUCGAAAAUGCAAAGGACCCUCGGCCCGUUAGGAAUGCUCUACAGUUGCAUGGAGAACAAGAACCGGGUUAGGGUCUACACUAGAAACGCGCGCAACAUAAGGGGACACAUAGAGGCAUACGUGGCUGCCUUCGACAAGCAUUGGAACCUCGCGCUGGAAGACUGCUACGAGGUCUGGAGUCGCAAAGUCAAGAGGAAAGCGCCUGCCCUCGGCGCUGACGCGGUCAAGGUGGAGGCGGCAGAGAACGACGUCCCUAAGGCGGUGGUGAGGAAGAUCGAGGGAAAGAUGGAGACCUUGGAGAGACACGUGCCGCAGAUGCUACUGAGGGGGGAACAGGUCGCUAUAAUCGUCAAAAUCAAUUGAUUGCGCGCGGUUUACGCGCGCUAUCGCCUUAAGGGUCGUUUACAGCACGCCGCCGGAUGCAAUUCGCGCUUAUACAGCCGGCAGUUUUCUCGUCGUUAACUCCCUAACAUCGCCUUGUUAUUUAUUUCUUUGACGGAAUUUUAUCUUACGCAUACACACACACAUGAGGAGAACGCGAUAAAUGUUCAAGGAUGAAAAUCCCAUAUUCACGCGCACGCGGGACCUCCUAAAAUUGUAUAACGAAAUUUGAUCCGUCGCGACGUGUCCUAAGAAACGUAUUAAUCAUCCCGAAAUUAUGUACGAUACGAAAACACGCGUCGUCACCUGAUUACGCGACUGCACCGUCGUGAUUUACAUAACCAGAAUUGUCGCUCGAACGACUCUUUCUUUUAAUACAC